AUGGCCGACGAAAGAAACUCGGGCCGGACACCGGUUGGUCGUGAAAUGACGGUCGGCGAGUACCAGCCACACCCUGACAGUCAGUCAGUCAGUCAGUCGGACGGUGACGGAACGCCGCGGCGACUUCUUUUGCUGAGUGAACUGAGUGAACUGACGAGACGGGGUUGCGGCGACGUUGUUGCUUUUGGACGGCGCGAAUCGAAGCCCAGAUGA